AUGGACGGCGACUGGGAUGAGGUCGCCCGCAUUCCGUUCCCGCCUCCGGGCGUCCAUGCAAUGCCGACACCGGUAACUACGAUGACCUUUGAUACUUUCCAAGAACUACUAUGGACUGGAAACGAUUAUGGUCGCGUUACCUCUUUUCUUGGCUCGGAACUACAACGAUAUACCUCCUUCAAAGCACAUCUUUCGACUGACGGAGCGGUACGACAAAUAUUGGUCAACGACAAGGGCGUCAUCGUCUUGGGGUCAAAGGAUGUUCACAUGGCACAGAGGAGAGGGCCGCCGAUAUGGCACAUCAAACACGACGACACGAAGGAACUGCGGUGCAUGAGCUUUACUUCCAAAGGGACGGCCGAGAUCAUUGUUGCGGGAUUGCAAGACACAAUGCUUGUCAUCGACCUUAAUAAGGGCGAGGUCGUGAAGCAGAUCGCAACCGAACACCAGUACUCCAUCAUGAAGCGAGGAAGGUAUAUUUGCGCGGCGACCAAGAACGGAACGGUGAACCUCCUUGACCCAGUGUCCUUUGCAGUUGUCAAGUCUUGGAAUGCUCACUCUGCGCUGAUCAAUGACAUGGAUGCCCAGCAUGACUUCAUCGUUACAUGUGGAUAUUCGCUUCGACAAGGCCAAACAUACAUGCUCGAUCCAUUCUUGAACGUGUUUGAUAUUAAAAAGAUGUCGUCAAUGCCACCAAUACCUUUUCCUGCCGGGGCGGCGUACGUUCGCAUGCAUCCAAGAAUGUUGACUACCAGUAUUGUGGUCUCACAGUCUGGCCAAAUGCAUGUGGUCGACUUGAUGAACCCCAACACAAGUAACGUGAGACAGGCAAACGUCCUGACCUAUCUGAGUAUGUUUGAGAUUGCGCCGUCUGGAGAAUCAAUGGCCUUGACCGAUGCUGAGUGCUAUAUACACCUUUGGGGAUCGCCUUCAAAGCUUCACUUUGUCGACCUGCCAACACCAAUCGAGUUUGCUAGCCCAGAGGAACACGCUCCUCAAAUAGAAUGGACCCCUGAAACACCGCUGAACUCUGUUGGAUUGCCCUACUAUCGGGACGUGUUGGCCUCGGCCUGGCCGGAUCUGGUAUCGGAUGUUGGCGCCCCCCCAAUCAGGUUUGAUCCUCAGUUUCUCGUGAGCCUCAAGCCGACCGAAUUUGGCCUGUACGGCCGCAACACGAGAGGCUUCAGGAGGAACCAGGUUGAGGAUACCAGAAACAGCCACAAGUCUGCCAAUUCUGGACUCAAGGCACCCAAGUUCCUGAGUGAGAAAGCCAGAGAGUCUGCAAUAUCCGAUUCCAGGACGGACGAUAAGACCGACGACGUUCCUAGCCCAGUGGCCGAGAACGAGAUUGAAAGCAAGAAAUCAGACGUGCCGGUUAUGUAUCGCAACGUUGAAAUCAAGUACAGCAAGUUCGGAGUAGAUGACUUUGAUUUUGGAUUCUACAACAAAACUCGUUACUCAGGCUUGGAAAUUCAUAUUUCAAACUCAUACGCCAACUCACUCCUUCAAAUCAUGCACUUUACCCCCCUUAUACGCAACCUAGCCCUUCAACAUGCGGCUACGGCCUGUGUUAGUGAAAUCUGCUUGCUGUGCGAACUUGGCUUCCUUUUCGACAUGCUACAAAAAGCGGACGGCUCAAUCUGUCAGGCAACAAACCUGCUGAGAACACUUAGUAGCCACCCACAAGCCGGACCGCUUGGCCUCCUCGAAGAGGACCCCCACGGCUCGUCUCUAAACGUCAUGCUGCAAGGGCUCACUAGAUUUCUCUUGGAUAAGAUUGUUUCUGACUACAAGAGUAUGUCACCAACAUCAUCUGCCAUGGAACAGGUUAGCCCUGACAACCCGCAGAUUCUUGCAACCUCAGCUACAAGCUCUAUUCGAUGCAUGAAUUGUAGGAGCGAGUAUACAAGACCAGGUUCCACAUAUGUCAACGACUUGCUUUAUCCACCAUUUAAACCUCCUGGACGAAACGCCAAAAUGCCCAGGGUCACUUUUUCUCAGGUUCUUAAGAGUAGCGUUGAGAGAGAGACUACCUCUAAGGGUUGGUGUGGCCGAUGUCAACGUUAUCAAACUAUCGCCACCAGAAAGACAAUUCACAACAUCCCGGCAGUCUUAAUGUUGAAUACUGCAAUUACGAGUCACGACCAUCGCAUGCUGUGGUCCACUCCCGGCUGGCUUCCUGAGGAGAUUGGAAUCAUUGUUGAGCAGGGGCAGUUCUUCUGUUACGAGGGAGAAGACCUGAAACUUCACUUGCAGCGAGGAAUCCAUAAUAUCACAGUAUAUUCACUUAUCGGAAUGGCGACAAACAUUGAGGGUGGCCAAACGCAAAAGCCGCACCUGGUAUCCAUGUUAUCUAAUGCUAAUGCUAACAAACAAACAGUUGCACACGCCGAGCAAGAAGCUCCCGGACAAAGUCAAUGGCACUUGUUCAACGACUUCUUAGUUAGGUCUGUCAGUACAGAUGAAGCCCUUACAUUCAACACGUCAUGGAAAGUCCCUAGUGUUGUAUCAUUCCAGAUCAAAGAAGCGAACAACAAAAUUGAUUCUACUUGGAAACAUCAGCUGGAUACUUCGAUUCUGUAUCAUGAUUUGUAUCCGAAUCCAAACUCUGAAACCAAAACAUAUCACAUCCUAGAUCCGAAGACUGAGCGUCCUGGCCCGGAUACAAUAGUAGCACUAGACACGGAAUUUGUCGCCAUUCGACAGCCCGAGAUUGAAAUGAACUCGGACGGCGAACGAGAGACGAUUCGUCCAAUUGUCUAUGCCCUGGCCAGAACAUCUGUCGUCCGCGGGCAGGGCGAGAACGAGGGACGGCCCUUCAUCGACGACUAUAUUUUAAUACAAGAGCCCAUUGUGGAUUAUCUGACCUCGUACUCUGGCAUAACCCGAGAAGAUCUGGACCCGCGGAUUUCCAAACACAGCCUGCUCCCACUGAAGAUGGCCUACAAGAAACUCUGGAUUCUGCUCAACCUCGGGUGCAAAUUCCUCGGCCACGGUCUCAAACAAGAUUUCCGCGUUAUAAAUAUCCAUGUUCCCAAGUCUCAGGUCAUCGACACUAUCGAUCUGUUCUUCCUAAAGUCGAGACUUCGGAAGCUCUCGUUGGCAUUUCUAGCGUGGUACCUCCUAAAGGAGGACAUUCAAAUGGAAACGCACGACUCGAUUGAGGACUCCCGGACGGCACUCAAGUUAUAUCGGAAAUAUCUAGAGUUUGAAGACGCUGGGAUUCUGGAAACCAUGCUGCAGGAUAUUUAUCGCGCCGGAAGAGAUGUCAACUUUAAACCUCCGCGGAAGGAUGACGUGGGUGUCCAGAGGACGGACACUCCGCCGUUGCCGGUGGACUCGUCCACGCCAGGACCGUCCACGCCCGUGAGGAAGAUUAUUGGUAUGGCGCCCGGGUCUGGGUUUGGCGGUGGCACGAGUUGGACGCCGGGGAAGGGAUCGCCGCUACGAUAG